GUUUCGAAGGGAAUUAAAACAUCAAUAUUCGAUGUCUUAUAGAGGAAGCCGAGGAAAACCACAAGGUGGUGGUGCCGAUUAUGGCAAGCCUGAGCCUUUUGUGAUUUUCCCUGAUAUAACGUUACCUGAUCCGAAAUCAAUCUCAACAGACUCACAAUUAGUUCAAACCUACUUUAGUUUCAAUAAGUUUUGGAGAAAUUCUCCUUAUCAUUUAGGCGAUGGUGUUUCUAAGAAAGAGAAUGAGAGUUUGGACAUUGAGAGGUAUUCAGACUCGUUGAAGCCCAAGAUGAAGUCUAAUAAGAAUGGAACUUUCUUUGAUUUUCUUGUUCUUAGACCUGAUAACUUCCCUAAAGAACUUCUUGGUGAUACUCGAAGAGAACGUCCUGUGAAGAGAGCUAAAUGGAGUCAAGAAGCUGAUUUGCAGAAAUUGGAUGUGUUUGAGAAGCUUGAAGCUAAGUUUAAGGCUGAAGGCAAUGAAGUGAAAGGAGAAGGAGAAGAUGAUGAAGAAGUUGAGGAAUCCGAAGGAGAAGAAUCUAAUAAUGGAGAUUAUGAUCAGAACCAAGUCUUUGAUGAUGAUGACGACGAUUAUAAUCUGGCGGAUGAUGGUGAAUUUGAGGACGUGUAUUAUACGUGAAUGUAAGCUGCUUUCUUUUCCCAAAAGAAUCAAGUUUUGCAGACAAGAGAAGCUCAAGGUGAAAGCUCUUAGGUUUUUGUUUCCGUGGUUCUUGCUUUAUACUAAAUUAGUUGUGAGGGA